CUCACCGUCGCUGGCAGCGAACUCGACGACAUUCCCCUCUCCAUAUCGGAAAAUUACUUGUAUUUUCUCCUAAUAAUAUUUUGAAAGGAUUAUUUGGAGGGAACGUCACACUCCGGUUUUGAAUAUCUGCUUUUUACUUUGACAUCUAGCAGGAGGCGUCCAGAUCGAGAAUAUACUUUAGUGUAUGGAUAAUCCUCAGCAUUACCAGCCCUUGUCCCACGCCCUGCGCCUCCCAGUAGGUGCCCAAGCACCCGCUACAUAUACACCAGCAAGUUAUAAUCCCAAGCCACGACAUGACGACGACGACGACGAGGAUGACGACGACGAGGUCGUAGCCCAGCAACUCAAUCGGUCAGAGGAAACACAACAAAGCGGUACACCAAGCCCAGCAAUGAAGACGGCGAGUGCGCCAACGCAGCAGCAGCAGGACGAACCAAUCAUACACCAAUAUGAACCAGAGCAAAAACGAAGACCGGGUCGGCCCCGUGGGUCAAAGAAUCGACGGAAUCGUUCCAGCCAACCGCCGAGCAAACCAGUAGCUCAGUAUUCCCAUCCACCUUUACACCCUACCGGUCCGGGAACAGCACCACCCCAACAUCCGGAUGUGAACGCUCAGAAUCAGCAAUACUAUGAAUUCCAAUGGCGCGUCUUGAAUCUAUGUGCAGAGUUCUACAAUGCCGCCGAAGAACUGGUGAAAGGCGCGAAUCCAUUGGUUGUUGCCCAAUGCUAUCAUUCCGCACCAGGGAACAAGGUCGACCCCUUGGUCAUGCUGAACGAGGCCAAACGUAUUUGCGAUACACUGCUAGCGAACCCAUCUCGUCUCAUAACGACACCACCACCACCCAUGUAUCCAGUCAUACCGACCUUGUACCAGCCUCCUCAGCCCACUGUGCCUCCAGCUGGAGUAGCGAGCACGUCUAAUGUCGCUCCGGCUGCCGUCAUAAACCAACCCCAGUCAUUUGUGGUGUCAAUGAGCGCACCCCAAUAUCCUAUGUAUGCUCCGCCGCCUGGUCAAUAUCCUGCGGCUCCCUACUAUCAAUACCCGUCUUACGUGCCAGGUCCGCAAUACUACGGCGCACCUCAGCCUCCGGCCCCGCCUCAACAGCAGCAGCAACAGCAGUCGCAGCAACAACCUCAGCAACAACCUCAGCAGCAACAACCUCAACAGCAGGCACCUCAGCAACAACCACCUCAGCAACAGGUGCCAGCAGUACCGACUCCUACAGUCUCAACAACGAUGCCAGGAGUUGGAGGCAAUCAAGGAGCAUGGUCAGACGAAGAAACAGAACGACUGAAAGCUCUUGCUGAAGAGAGCAAGUCACAAAACAGUACAGGAGAACUGGAAUGGGACUGGGUAGUAAACCGAUUUGGAAAUGAUCGUACACGCCAUCAAAUUCUCAUCAAAGCUACUCAGCUUGGUCUAAAAGAGAGCAGUACACGAGCUGUGAAUUCGCGGGGGGUAAAACGGCGCCGAGACACGGACGGUGAGACUGCGAGUCCGCCCGUUCCUGCUGAGACGACAUCUCCUACGUCCGCCAACCCGGCUAAUACGAACCCGUCACCGUCUGCCAGCCAUGGACAGUCAACUCCCGUGGCAUCGCCGUCGAUGCAGAACCAGCCUAAGCCGUCUGCGUCCACCUCCAAAGUGUCAUUGCCUUGGCCGAUGCCUACCGUGGCAGUCAACACCCCUUCGCCUGUGGUGGCUACGUCGUCUCAUGAUCGUCCGUAUUACCGCCCUCGGCCGACGGACACAUCUUCCAAACCUCUUAUGGGGCCCCCAGUGCAGCAUCAGUAUAUGUACCAGCCCAAUGGGAGCACGAGUUCGGUGAUGAAUGGCAAGUAGUCUUGGAAUCACGGUCAUGGUUUAGCUUUUAUGUCCUAACGAUUUUUCUCUUACUUCAUUGCGGUUCCUACUUUGAACGCUCCUGGUAUAUAUACCAUCCCCCUUCCUGUUGUCUUUUUGUUAGUCUUGCAUAUGUAAGUUUGCCAUGUAUACACGUCCUGUACUACGUACAAUACGUCGCCGCGAUUAAAAGAUUUCACCUUUGUAGCUUUCUCUUGGACUUUUUGUCGUCAUUGUAUGCUACCUGUAUUUCUUAAAUGCAUGCUAUUCAUCUGCGGAUC